CCAGCAUGCACUCUGAAACCUUGUCCUUUUCUCCGGUACAAGGGUCGGUAAAACCCUGAAAGCUGCCUGUGGAGAUCCUGAGGGGGCAGCAUGGGUCGGCUUGAUGGGAAGGUAAUAUUGCUGUCUGCAGCCGCACACGGGAUUGGACGAGCAGCUGCUAUAGCUUUUGCAAAAGAGGGAGCAAAGGUCAUUGCUACAGACAUCAGUGAGUCCAAGCUGCAAGAACUGGAGGAGUAUUCAGGCAUUCAAACACGGUUGCUGGAUGUCACCAGCAGAGAACAAAUAGAAAAUCUGGCCAAGGAGAUUGAAAGGAUUGAUGUCCUCUGUAAUGUUGCAGGUUUUGUCCAUCACGGAACCAUUCUGGAAUGUGAGGAGACAGACUGGAACUUCACAAUGAACCUCAACGUUCACAGCAUGUAUCUAAUGAUAAAGACGUUCCUUCCAAAGAUGCUUGCACAGAAAUCUGGAAACAUUAUCAACAUGUCUUCUGUGGCAUCCAGCAUUAAAGGAGUUGUAAACCGAUGUGUGUAUAGCACUUCAAAGGCAGCAAUUAUUGGUCUAACCAAGUCUGUAGCUGCUGAUUUCAUUGAACAAGGCAUCAGAUGCAACUGCAUAUGUCCGGGAACUGUUGACACUCCAUCUCUACGGGAGAGGAUCCAAGCCAGGCCCAACCCAGAACAGGCCCUGAAAGACUUUCUGGCUAGACAGAAGACUGGUAGGAUGGCUACUGCUGAAGAAGUGGCCCACCUCUUCGUGUAUCUGGCCUCUGACGAAUCUGCCUACAUGACUGGCAACGAGCUCAUCAUUGAUGGAGGCUGGAGCUUGUGACUUAUGAAACUUUCAGCUGAAGUUUUCAAUGGAAAUUCAUAGUACAAAAGGCAAAUAAUGAAGAGAUUAUCACAUUUCUCUAUUAAUAUAGUCUGCACCAUUUUAAUGACUAAAAUGGUUGACCUUCAAAUAAGUCAGUGUAUUUGCACAGACAUGCGAUACCUCUUUUUUCUAAAAUGACUGUCUGAUUUUCUUUUGCAUACUUUACACAGUUGUGUCGCUUGCAAUAAAGCACACGUCAUUCAA